UUGGUUUUUCUUGAUUUUUUUGUUAAUUCGUUUUGUUUUCUUGGAUACAUUCUGCUUUAUUUUUUUUCUUUGAAAACGAUGAAUGUGGUACGUAGAUUGACGAGUAUUGCCUCUGGACGCAAUUACAUCUCUUCUGAUAAUAAUAACAAUAACGUAGGAGGAGAAACUGAGACGCCGAGAUCGAAGCCUAACCAGAAUCGUGAAGAAACAGUGUCUACGGUAACUACGACGACUUACGAGAAAGACUCUCUCUCUUCUUCUUCUUCUUCUACCACUGACCAUCAAAAGGACAUGGGAAUUGGAGAUGACAAGGAUACGGACGGUGUGAUCAUCAAGGGGAAUGGGACUGAAUCUGGACGAAUUAUCACCACCAAGAAGAAGGGUUUGAAUGAUCAAAGAGACAAGACAAUCUCCUACAGAGCUGAACAUGUAAUUGGGACUGGCUCCUUUGGUGUUGUCUUUCAGGCUAAGUGCUUAGAGACAGAAGAAAAAGUAGCAAUCAAGAAAGUGUUACAGGACAAGAGAUACAAAAACAGAGAACUUCAGAUCAUGAGAAUGCUCGAACAUCCUAAUGUCGUUGAGCUCAAGCAUUCUUUCUUCUUUACCACUGAGAAAGACGAGCUUUAUCUUAACCUUGUUCUUGAGUAUGUUCCCGAGACUAUAUACCGUGCUUCGAGAUCUUACACCAAGAUGAAUCAUCAUAUGCCUUUGAUUUAUAUUCAGCUCUAUACCUAUCAGAUUUGUCGUGCUAUGAAUUAUCUGCAUGGAGUAGUUGGAGUGUGUCACCGUGACAUUAAGCCGCAGAAUCUAUUGGUCAAUAAUGUAACGCAUGAGGUUAAGAUCUGCGAUUUUGGGAGCGCUAAAAUGCUGAUUCCAGGAGAACCCAAUAUAUCUUACAUAUGCUCAAGGUAUUACAGAGCUCCUGAACUCAUAUUUGGAGCAACAGAGUACACAAGCGCGAUCGAUAUGUGGUCUGUAGGUUGUGUCAUGGCUGAACUUUUUCUUGGACAUCUUCUAUUCCCUGGAGAGACCAGUGUUGAUCAAUUGGUGGAGAUCAUUAAGAUUUUGGGGACACCAACAAGAGAAGAGAUAAAGAACAUGAAUCCUCGUUACAAUGAUUUCAAGUUCCCUCAGAUAAAAGCUCAGCCAUGGCACAAGAUUUUCCGGAGACAGGUAUCUCCAGAAGCAAUGGAUCUUGCUUCUAGAUUGCUUCAGUAUUCACCAAACCUGAGAUGCACAGCGCUUGAAGCUUGUGCACAUCCGUUCUUCGAUGAUCUAAGAGACCCGAGAGCAUCCUUGCCUAAUGGAAGAGCACUUCCUCCAUUGUUUGAUUUCACAGCUCAAGAACUUGCUGGUGCAUCUGUUGAACUACGUCAUCGCUUAAUACCUGAGCAUGCAAGGAAAUGACCAUUUUGGUUAAAUGCUGCUUCUCUGCACAGAUGUUGAUAUAUAAGUAAUUUUGAUUUCCAGAGAUUUCUUGUUCACACGUAUAGCAUUGUUCUGGUUAUGAACCCUCUCACUGACCUCUGCAAUCACAUGGCCUAGCAGUUUGAAAGUGUAUAAUUUAAAGGUUGUAACUUUGUAGCUUCCAUUGUUGCAGACAGAAAUGCAGAAUUUUCCGA